AUGGCUCCCCGUAAGCCACGUUGCAACUUCAAGGAGUGCAAGGAGGCCGCCCAGCGCAUUGUCGGCGACUGUAGCUUCUGCCACGGCCACUUCUGCUCUAAGCACCGCAUGCUCGAGGCCCACUCCUGCAGCGGCCUGGAAGACUGCAAAAAGGAGUCGCACGCUCGCAAUGCCGACAAGCUGAAUAGCGAGCGGACGGUCGUGGUCAAGGGCGUAUGA